CCGCAUCCGCAAAGGUCGCGAGGUUGUCAUCAGCCAUUUUCCUCUCCUUUCGCUCUGACUAGCUAUGGCGCACUCUGUGUUUUCCAUUUUUAGCGAUCAAGGUUAUAGCUUUCUUCUUCCUAAACUUAGCCACUUCUUACACCCAACCAAAACAUUCCCAACAAACCAAGAAACCUCCAGCUCUCUAUCGUUCCAAAACUCUGGCAUAACAAAGACAAAAUCAAGUUUCAUUCAAUCCUUUGUUCUCUAUGAUUUUCUACAAUUGACGGUGACAUUAGUACUCCAUCCUUUCUCCUGCGUGAGAAGAUGCGCCACAACCUUUCUGGGUUGUGGAUCUCUCUGCUCGCGGUCUUCACUACCGCAGUUCAUUGCAAGACUAACUCCCAGGAUGUUUCAGCCCUCAAUGGGAUAACCAGCUUAACAUCUCAUUCACAAUUGGAAGGCUGGAAAUCAAGUGAGGGUGAUCCUUGUGGCGACUCGUGGGAAGGAAUCAAAUGCUCAGGCUCGUCAGUCACAGAAAUAAAUUUGUCUGGCCUGGGACUUAGUGGAUCAAUGGGCUACGAGCUGUCAAACUUGGCAUCGGUUACCUACUUUGACUUGAGCAACAACAACCUUCGUGGUGAUAUACCGUACCAACUUCCACCUAAUGCUCAUUACAUUGAUCUUUCCAAGAAUAGCUUCACUGGAGUGGUUCCUUUUUCCAUUUCUCAGAUGACCAACCUUAAUACCCUAAAUCUUGCGCAUAAUCAACUCAAUAAUCAGUUGGGUGAUAUGUUUGGGAAACUCACUAAACUCAAACUACUGGAUUUAUCAUUUAAUUCACUAUCAGGAAACUUGCCUCAAAGUCUUAAAUCUCUCUCAGGCCUCAAAAAGUUGCAUCUGCAAAAUAAUCAAUUCUCAGGUUCAAUAAAUGUGCUUGCGAACCUUCCACUUGAGGAUUUGAAUGUUGAAAAUAACAAAUUUUCUGGUUGGAUCCCGGCAGAGUUAAAGGAUAUAAGUAGCUUGCACACUGGAGGAAACUCUUGGUCAACAUGGCCAGCUCCUCCUCCUCCUCCUGGCACACCACCACUCAAACAUUCUGAACAGGGAAAAGGGAAACCUGCUGUUAUUGGAAUUGUUCUAGGAAGCAUAGCUUUGGUUUUGCUCAUAGUAAUUGUGAUUGUUGUUGCUAUUGUUAAAAGAAGAUCAUCUCCGCCUCCCUCAAAAUUUCUAGAUGAAGAGCAUAACCAUCACAAAUCUUCUACGCCUCUUGCAUCCAAGGAAUCAUCAGAAAAAGUAUCUGAAUUUAAGCCUCCAGAUUCUGCUUCAAUUGACAUAAAGGCCUUACAAAAAGUUCCAUCAUCUGGUGCAAGGUCAUCAGCAUCUGAUCAUGUACAAACCUUUGAUGAUAACGAGAUUGCAAAUCGUCUAAAUGCUGUAAGAAGCAACUCGGUUCGUGCUGUUCAUUUUCCAUUUGCAGAUCUGCGGGCUGCUACUGGUAAUUUUGCAUCAAGUCGUCUUCUCGGUGAAGGAUCCAUUGGAUGUGUUUACCGGGCAAAAUAUGCUGAUGGAAAGGUUUUAGCUGUGAAAAAACUUGACUCCACCCAUUUCCAUGGCAGCUCUCCAGAGGACUUCUCUCAGAUUUUAUUCAAAAUUUCCCAGGUUCACCACCCGAAUAUUGCUGAGCUUGUUGGUUAUUCUUCAGAACAAGGAGACAACAUGUUAGUAUAUGAGUGUUUCCAAAAUGGCUCUCUUCAUGAAUUUUUACAUGUGUCAGACGACUUCAGCAAGCCACUAACAUGGAACACUAGAGUCAAAAUUGCACUAGGCACCGCUCUAGCAGUUGAGUACCUGCAUGAAAUUUGUUCUCCAUCUUUAGUUCACAAGAACAUCAAGUCUUCCAACAUACUGCUUGACAAUGAACUCCAUCCCCAUCUCUCAGACUAUGGUUUGGCAUCCUUCUAUCAGCGCACUAGUCAAAAUCUUGGGGCAGGAUAUAAUGCACCUGAGUGUUCAAAACCUUCAGCCUAUACCCUAAAGAGUGAUGUGUUUAGUUUUGGGGUAGUCAUGCUGGAACUGUUAACUGGUCGAAAGCCUUUGGACAGGUCAAAGCCAAAAGCAGAACAAUGUCUUGUUCGUUGGGCCGCCCCUCAGCUUCAUGACAUUGAUGCAUUGGAAAAAAUGGUGGAUCCUGCCUUACGAGGACUUUACCCUCCUAAAUCACUCUCAAGGUUUGCUGACAUCAUCGCUCUCUGUGUUCAGCCUGAGCCGGAAUCUCGGCCACCGAUGUCGGAAGUGGUUCAGGCAUUGGUAAGACAAAUUCAGCAUUCAAAUAUGAACAUGAGAGAAGAUAUGGAUGGCUGGGAUGGAUGAUGAUAAUGAGUGAUCUUUUAUAUGAAAGUUAGAUGUCACCCUCUAAGUAGUUGCAGAUGAGUUUCAACUUUCCACUUCCUAAGCUUAGAUUAUUAAUUUCAAAUUUAAAAUCACAUAGAAAUGUACAAUGUAAUUCAUGCAUCUUCUUCCUUGUUCAAAGUUUACUUCAUAAGAAAAAAAUGUUGAGCUGUU